CAGCUGUUCGCACAUGUUCUGUAGUUUAGUUUUUGAAAAUACUAACAUUAACCUUCCUUUUGGUAGCACUUACGCAUUGUUAAGUGGGAGAUUCUUCAGCUUGUUCUAAAUUAUUCUCUUAUUAUGAAAUUUGAUCGUAACAGACCAAAUUUGUAUGCGUUUCAUUUGUAAACAUUGUGUUCUGUUACUGUGUUAGUGUUAACUACUCAUUUCAAAGUUGAUAUUAUAUCUUGCAAGGAUGGGAAAUACUAUAACAGUAGCAAAUCUUGCAGCAUCCCAACUCACCAGUGUGUCUCCCAUUGAUCAAGAGAAGGAAGCCAAACCGUACAUACACAAAACUCUAAAUGGCGAACCACCCCCAGAAUGUCCUAUGCAUAAACCCAAAGUGCAGCCUCAACCACAGUCAGAGUGUCCCGUCAAUCACGGCAAUAUGGGUGAUAUUGACCCUCGCAAUAUGAUGGGACCUGCCAAUCAACAGCCUGCACCAGAUCAGCCAUUUCCACUGAAUAUCAACAGAGAAACAUCUUCUAUCCCAAAAUCUGGAACUGAAGGAGAAUUUUGGGUCUACCCCUCAGCACAGAUGUUUUGGAAUGCAAUGCUGCGAAAAGGUUGGGUUUGGAAGAGGGAUGAUUUGAAGCCACAAGAUAUGGAUGCCAUAAUCAAAAUACAUAAUGCUAAUAAUGAAGCUGCUUGGAAAGAGGUCCUGAAGUGGGAAGCACUUCAUGCUUAUGAAUGCUGCAAUCCUAAGCUGAAGAGUUUUGGUGGAAAAGCCACAGACUAUUCUCCAAGAGCACGGAUAAGACAGCUGAUGGGGUAUGAGCUACCCUUUGACAGACACGAUUGGAUCAUAGACAGGUGUGGUAAAGACGUGCGCUAUGUUAUUGAUUAUUACGAUGGUGGAAAUGUUACGUCUGACUACACGUUUGCCAUCCUUGAUGUUAGACCUGCGAUGGACUCCUGGGAAAAUGUCUGGGACAGGAUGAAAGUCGCUUGGAUGCGAUGGAGAUAUGAAUGGGAAGAUCGAAAAUCGUCAGUCAUGGAAAAUAAAAGUUAAAAACUCGUACAUUAAAAAUUGUAGUAAUUUAAUUACAAUGUUCCUCGAUGUUGUGUAAAUGUAAUGUAACUAAAUAAAUGUGUUACAAAGUA